AUGAUGAGGGCCUACAUUGGAGUGAUGGCAGUAUCAGAGGAGAGAAGGGGAGAUACUGAAGAAAUGUUGGAAGCUGAAAUUGACAGAUAUUCACAACAGAUUGAGUUCACGUGGUCAGAUAGUGAAGAACUUAGGAUGAUGCCAGCAGGAAUGAUCCUUCAAUCUAUAGAACUCAGGAUCCUCUUCUUCUCUCAUUCAUCUAUGCAGGUCAUUCGAUGGAGUCAGCUUCCUCCUGAAAACAUAACCAUGGUCUCUGAAUUCCUCUUGCUGGGCUUUUCCAACCUCCAAGAAAUUCAGCUUUUGCUCUUUGUUAUCUUCCUUUUCCUCUACCUUGUCAUCUUGAUUGGAAAUAUCACUAUUGUCACCGUCAUCAUCCUGGAACAUAGCCUCCAUACCCCCAUGUACUUCUUCCUAGGUGCUCUCUCAGUGUCUGAGACCUGCUAUACCUUUGUUAUCCUGCCAAAGAUGCUCAUCAAUCUUCUCUCAGUGCUCAGGACCAUCUCCUUUACCCACUGUGCAAUUCAGAUGUCCUUUUUCCUUGGCUUUGCAGCCACCAACUGCCUAUUGUUAGUUGUAAUGGGUUAUGAUCGCUAUGCUGCCAUCUGCCACCCUCUGCGCUACCCCAUCCUCAUGAACUGGCGGACAUGCAGAAUACUAGUAGUCACUUGUGGGGUGACUGGCUUUCUCAUCUCAACAGUAAUCACAAACUUGGUCUUCAGCCUGCCCUUUUGUAACUCUAAUAAGAUCAACCACUACUUCUGUGACAUUUCACCUGUUGUUCACCUUGCCUGUGGUGUCACUUAUGUCAAUGAGCUCUUCAUAUUUAUCUGUAGUGUCUUUGUGCUCAUGGUCCCAUUUAUUUUCAUCUGCAUCUCCUAUUGCUUCAUUGUCAACACCAUCUUGAAGAUUCCAUCAGUUGAGGGGAAGAAGAAAGCCUUUUCUACCUGUGUCUCCCACCUAACAGUGGUUGUAGUCCACUAUGGUUGUGCAUCCUUUGUCUACCUGAGACCCUCAUCCAGGGUGACAUCAGUUAAAGAUGAGUUUAUAACAAUUACUUAUACCAUUAUUACCCCCUUGCUGAAUCCCAUGGUUUAUAGCCUCAGGAAUAGAGCUGUCCAAGUAGCCAUUAAGAAAGUGAUUGGUUGGAAAGAUUUUCCCCACAAAACCAUAUAA